AUCAUCGCGGUGGCGGAGGAGGAGAUGACAUCGCGGCGUCUCCCGCGCGCACACGAACGCGACGAAGACGAGAAAGAAGGGAAAUAAGAAAUUGGGUUUAUUUCCGCGGGCGCGCGCAAAGAAACCUUUUUUGACCUUUAGACCACUUUUUUUUGUUUUUUUUGUUAUUAUUGUCCACUUUAUCUUCAUCAUUGAUGAUGAUGCCGACAGUGCGCUGUUGUUGGACGUGAUUAAUCCACGAAGGUCACGUCAGGCGGAGCUGCAAUCUACUUCUUUUUGAAAACACCGAACACGUGUUUUUAUAUUGUCUUCUUCUUCUCACAAUUAAAAAGUAGACUCAAACACAACAAUCUACCCGAGUGGAAGAAGAAGAAGAAGAACUUUGUCGCUUUUUUUCUUUCUCGGGAUCGGCUAUUGACGACGCGCACGACGAGCAUCCCAGGUCGACCUCAAGAAAGUUCUAUCUCGUCUCUCUUUCGUCAUGCCUGUCCAUCUUUCUGCCUAAUCAGCGGCAACACAGCAUGCCUCAAUGUUUGCCAGCAACACCAGCAGAAGCAUUAUGGAAGUAAAAGAGCGACGUCCAUACUGCUCACUGACCAAGGGCCACAAGGACAAGGAGGGGCCCUACCCUGGUUCUUCAGCGGACAGUGAAGAUUGUGUUAUUGUUCCCCACGACCUGCGAGUCCCUACACAAAAGUCGUACUCCUCCAGUGAAACACUCAAGGCCUUUGAUCAGCACCAAGACCAGACCAGGUUACUUUAUGGGACUACAAAAGGACACAAGGACAUGGUUCAUCGUGAACAGGACAAUUAUAACAUAGAUGGUCACAAUUUCGGUCUUCGUCAGCUGGGCAUCUGUGAGCCGCCGUCACGUCGCGGUCUGGUCUUUUGCUCCGACAUGGGCCUUCCCCACCAUGGUUUCUCUGUCCCCACUACGGACCUGGACGUGGACGGCCAGGCCGUGAUAUCGCCAGAGCGAGCCAUGCGGCUGUGGGGCCGUGGCGGUCCUGUCAAAUCCUCAGGGAGGAGUUCCUGUCUGUCCAGCCGAUCCAACUCCGUGUUGACUCUUACCGAUACCGAGCAUGACAACAAGUCCGACAGUGACAAUGGUUCCCCCAUGCCCUCUCCCUCCUGUCCAUCAUCAGUCAUUGAACAAAUACAUCCCCAAUCAUCCCAUCUGCAUGACAACCAAGUGUUAAGUGACACAUCCGAGCCCGAGGAAGAGGAAGAGGAAGAGGAGGAGCAGGUGGAUUAUAGAAGCCGAUUGUACUUACCGGUAAACCAUGAGCAACCAUCCAACCACCAUAGCUCGACUCUGCCUCCUGUGCCACCGCCACAUCGUCAGCGGCCCUCAGUGACGGCUCUCAAUCAAUCCUUGGGCUCCGCACAUCACGCCGGCCAAUCUCUGAAUUCCACGCGGCACCUAACAGCUCCUAGUGGAAGCCCGGCCCUCGUGGCCGGCCAAUCACCUGCCGAGCUGCAGACCACACCGCCGGAAAGCGUCCCGCUGCAAGACAGCUGGGUGCUGGGUAGCAAUGUGCCUCUGGAAACAAGGCACUUUCUUUUUAAGACAGGAACUGGUACCACCCCUCUCUUCUCCACAGCAACGCCCGGCUACACGAUGGCGACGGGCUCAGUGUACUCUCCUCCUACCAGACCGUUGCCAAGAAACACCUUGUCCCGCUCUGCCUUCAAGUUUAAGAAAUCCUCCAAGUACUGCUCAUGGAGGUGUACAGCCCUCAGUGCAGUAGGAUUGUCUUUACUGCUGUCUGUCCUGCUGUGUUACUGCAUUGCGAUGCACCUGUUUGGUCUCAACUGGCAGCUUCAGGACAAUGAAGGAUACGGUGCGUUUGAAAACGGCGGUACUGGAAGAGAUACAACCCCGAACACCUUUAUGGUGUCCGCAGACAAUGGUAAAAUGUUUCUCCUAGAAAACAACACCAUAGACACAGGUGCGGUGGACGUGGGCAGACAAGCCAUACAAGAAGUCCCACCAGGUGUGUUUUGGAGGUCCCAGUUAGAUGUUGAUCAACCCCUCUUCCUGAAAUUCAACAUUUCGGUCCAUAGAGGUGCCCUCGUUGGAGUGUAUGGACGCAAAGGAUUGCCACCGUCACACACACAGUAUGACUUUGUGGAGCUGCUGGAUGGAAGUCGUCUUCUAUCCAAACGAUCCCUUAGUGACGUGGACAUGGCACAUGUACCCUUUCUUGGUGGUUUGGACUCGCAAAGAAUGGUCCGACACAAGCGCUCAGUGAACGUGCACGAGGCUGGCUUCAUUCAUUACCUGGACAUGGGCAUUUGGCAUCUGGCCUUUUACAACGACGGGCGCAAUACGGAACAAGUGUCUUUCAAUACUGUCAUCAUUGAGUCGAUUAUGGAGUGUCCCCAGAACUGUCAUGGAAAUGGAGAUUGUCUCUCAGGAAUAUGUCAUUGUUUUCCCGGAUUCCUGGGGCCCGACUGCUCUCGAGCUUCCUGCCCUGUGCUGUGUAGUGGGAAUGGACAGUAUUCCCGCGGACGCUGCCAGUGCUACAGCGGCUGGAAAGGUACGGAGUGCGAUGUGCCCAACAACCAGUGUGUUGACAUCCACUGCGGAGGACACGGCAUCUGCAUCGUGGGCGCCUGCAUUUGCAACACUGGUUAUAAAGGAGACAACUGUGAGGAAGUUGAUUGCAUCGACCCCAGUUGUUCCGCCCAUGGAGUGUGUAUUCAUGGCGAGUGUCACUGUCAGCUGGGCUGGGGCGGAGCCAGCUGUGAGAUUGCCAAGGCUAUGUGUCCAGACCAGUGUUCGGGUCAUGGCACUUUCAAUGCAGAGACCAGCACUUGUACCUGUGACCAGAACUGGACCGGACCAGACUGCUCCUUAGAGGUCUGUCAGGUGGUCUGCGGUCACCACGGCGUUUGUUAUGGUGGUCUGUGCCGAUGCGAAGAAGGGUGGGCCGGAACUGUGUGUGACCAGAAGGCCUGCCAUCCCUUAUGUAGCAAGAACGGUGUGUGUAAGGAGGGCAAGUGUGAGUGUGACCAGGGCUGGACCGGGGAGCAUUGCAAUAUCGCUCACAAUCCGGAUAUUAGAGUAAAAGAGGGUUGUCCCGGUCUCUGCAACAACAAUGGACGGUGCACCCUUGAGGCCAGUGGCUGGCAUUGUGUCUGCCAGUCUGGAUGGAGAGGAGCCGGAUGCCACGUUGCCAUGGAAACGCUCUGUACCGAUAACAAAGACAAUGAAGGAGACGGCUUGACUGACUGUAUGGAUCCAGACUGCUGCCUGCAGGUCUCCUGUCAGAAUCAGUUGUACUGUAAAGGAUCGCCUGACCCGGUGGAAGUACUUAGCCAGUCUCCAUCCUCGCUGGCUCCUCAGCAGGCCGCCAGGUCUUUUUACCAGCGUAUUCACUUCUUACUCGGUCCUGGAUCCACUCACGUUAUCCCUGCUGAGAGUCCGUUCAAUAAAAGCUUUGUGUCAAUAAUCCGGGGUCAGGUUUUGACAGCAGAUGGAACGCCCCUGAUUGGAGUCAAUGUGUCCUUUGUCCAUUACCCUGAACAUGGACACACUGUUACACGGCGAGAUGGCAUGUUUGAUCUGUUGGCCAAUGGUGGAGCAUCCCUUACGUUGAGUUUUGAACGCUCUCCGUUCCUGACCCAGUACAGAACCGUGUGGGUGCCUUGGAAUGUCUUUUAUGUGAUGGACACGCUGGCCAUGAAGAAGGAGGAGAAUGACAUUCCAAGCUGUGACCUGAGUGGUUUCAUCAGACCCAUUCCUGUCAUUGUCACACCCCCACUGUCCAUGUUCUACAAAAGUUCACCUGAAGAUAUUCCAAUUAUACCUGAAACACAGGUUUUACAAGAAGAAACCUCAAUACCUGGCAGUAACCUCAACCUGAUCUACCUGAGCUCAAGAGCUGCAGGAUACAAACCAAUUCUCAAAGUCACCAUGACACAGUCGUCAAUACCUUUUAACCUGAUGAAGGUUCACCUUAUGGUUGCGGUUGUGGGGCGUCUAUUCCAGAAGUGGUUUCCGGCCCAGCCAAAUCUAUCUUACACUUUCAUCUGGGACAAAACCGAUGCUUAUGGCCAGCGUGUUUAUGGACUAUCAGAGGCAGUUGUAUCCGUGGGCUUUGAAUACGAGUCCUGCCUGGACCUGAUCCUGUGGGAGAAGAGAACGGCAGUUCUCCAAGGCUAUGAGAUGGAUGCUUCCUACAUGGGAGGAUGGACCCUCGAUAAACAUCACAUUCUGGAUGUGCAAAACGGUAUCCUGUACAAAGGCAAUGGAGAGAACAUCUUUGUUUCCCAACAGCCUCCUGUCAUCAGCAGCAUCAUGGGAAACGGUCGCCGCCGCAGCAUCUCUUGCCCGAGCUGCAAUGGGCAAGCGGAGGGCAACAAGCUGCUGGCACCGCUGGCCUUGGCCUGUGGAGCAGAUGGCAGCGUCUACGUGGGAGACUUUAACUACAUCCGGAGGAUCUUCCCUUCCGGCAAUGUAACCAGUGUGAUGGAGCUCAGAAACAAAGAUUUCAGACAUAGCAACAACCCUGCCCACCGCUAUUAUCUGGCCACUGAUCCAGUGACAGGACAACUUUAUGUGUCUGACACCAACUCUCGACGGAUCUACAGACCCAAGAACCUGAGUGGUGCACGGGACCUCAUCAGUAACGGGGAAGUGGUGGCAGGUACUGGUGAACAAUGUCCUCCCUUUGACGAAGCACGGUGUGGAGAUGGAAAAAAAGCUACAGAAGCUCAGUUGCUGGGACCUAAAGGGAUUGCAGUUGACAAGAAUGGUUUGAUCUACUUUGUGGACGGGACAAUGAUCAGAAAAGUGGAUCGCAAUGGAAUCAUAUCAACAGUGCUUGGAAGCAACGACUUGACGUCUGCACGACCUCUCACCUGCGAUACCAGCAUGCACAUAAGACAGGUUCGUUUGGAAUGGCCCACUGAUCUAGCAAUCAGUCCCAUGGAUAACUCCAUCUACGUUUUGGAUAACAACGUUGUGCUGCAGAUUACAGAAAACAGACAGGUUCGAAUUGUGGCAGGUCGUCCCAUGCACUGCCAAGUCCCUGGUAUCGAAUAUACAAUUGGGAAGAGAGCUGUCCAGACCAUGUUAGAAGGCGCAACAGCCAUUGCUCUGUCCUACAAUGGCAUUCUCUACAUUGCUGAGACAGACGAGAAAAAAAUACACCGCAUUCGCCAGGUGUCAACUGAUGGAGAAAUGACUUACCUGGCGGGGGCCCCGUCUGAUUGUGAUUGCAAGAACGAUGCCAACUGUGACUGUUACCAAAGCGGAGACGGUUAUGCGAAAGAUGCAAGGCUUAACUGUCCUUCCUCGUUGGUGGUGUCCUCGGAUGGUACGCUGUAUGUGGCCGAUCUGGGAAACAUUCGCAUUCGGGCAAUUCGGCGCAAUCAACCACCUACUGGCUCUUUGGCAUCAGGACCUAGCUCCUAUGAAGUGGCCUCUCCAGCUUCCCAGGAGCUCUAUGUGUUUGACUUGAAUGGAACUCAUCAAUUCACAGUAUCCCUGGUCACUGGAGACUAUAAAUACAAUUUUAGCUACAGCAACGAGGAGGAUUUAACAGCAGUGACCGACAGCAACGGCAACACCCUCCGUAUCCGUAGAGAUACCAAUAGGAUGCCUGUGCGUCUGGUCGCCCCAGACAAUCAGGUCAUCUGGCUGACCAUUGGAACAAAUGGAGGUCUGAAGUCUCUCACAGCGCAGGGUCAAGAGCUGGUCUUGUUUAGUUACCACGGCAACAGUGGCUUACUGGCGACCAAGAGCAUCCAAAUUGGCUGGACUACUUUCUAUGAUUAUGAUAACGAGGGGCGUUUGACUAAUGUCACCUUCCCUACUGGCGUCGUUACCAAUCUCCAUGGCGACAUGUCAUCAGGAGCCGUUGCUGUGGAUAUUGAGACGUCAGGGAGAGACGAGGAUGUUUCCAUAACGACUAAUCUUUCCUCAGUAGACUCCUUCUACACUUUGGUGCAAGACCAGCUGCGUAACAGUUACCAAGUGGGUAAGGACCAUUCUCUCAGGGUCAUCUACGCCAAUGGGAUGGAUACACACUAUCAGACAGAGCCUCAUAUUCUGGCAGGGGCUGCCAACCCAACCAUAGCGCGACGGAACAUGACACUUCCAGGAGAGAAUGGCCAAAACCUGGUGGAGUGGAGGUUCAGGAAGGAACAGACCCGAGGGAAAGUCAUUGUAUUUGGAAGAAAGCUUAGGGUAAAUGGAAGGAAUCUUUUGUCUGUAGAUUAUGACCGUACCUUGCGAACAGAGAAGAUCUAUGACGAUCACAGGAAGUUCUUACUGAAGAUCAUUUACGACACACAAGGCCAUCCAACGUUGUGGGUCCCAAGCAGCAAGCUGCUCUCUGUUAACCUGACAUACUCCAGUACGGGACAGGUGACUGGCCUGCAGAGGGGUCCAACCAUUGAGAAGUGGGAUUACGACAGUCAAGGCAGAAUCAUUUCUAGAGUGUUUGCUGAUGGAAAGACUUGGAGCUACACGUACUUGGAUAAGUCCAUGGUCUUGCUACUACACAGCCAGCACCAGUACAUUUUCGAUUACGACUCAGGGGACCGCCUGUCAGCCGUUACUAUGCCGAGCGUGGCCCGACACACCAUGCAGACCAUCAGAUCCAUCGGCUACUACAGAAAUAUCUACACCCCCCCUGAGAGCAACGCCUCAGUUACUGUGGACUACUCUGAAGACGGACAGCUGCUUAGAGUUGCACAUCUUGGGACUGGACGCCGAAUAUUGUACAAUUAUCGCAAACAGAACAAGCUGGCAGAGAUCCUGUAUGAUUCAACACGAGUCAGCUUCACAUAUGAUGAGACUGCUGGCGUGCUGAAGACUGUCAACUUGCAGAGUGAAGGCUUCAUCUGCUCCAUCCGAUACCGGCAAAUUGGCCCUCUGGUCGACCGGCAGAUAUUCCGCUUCAGCGAGGACGGGAUGGUGAACGCACGUUUCGACUACACCUACGACAACAGCUUCAGAGUCACCAGCAUGCAGGCAGUAAUCAACGAGACGCCGCUGCCUAUCGAUCUCUACCAGUUUGACGACAUCUCGGGGAAAGUGGAGCAGUUUGGAAAGUUUGGAGUUAUUUAUUAUGACAUCAACCAGAUCAUUUCCACUGCAGUCAUGACCUACACCAAACACUUUGACCAGCACGGUCGCAUUAAGGAGAUCCAGUAUGAGAUCUUUAGGUCUCUGAUGUACUGGAUUACCAUCCAGUACGACAACAUGGGCAGAGUCACCAAGCGGGAGAUUAAGAUCGGCCCAUUUGCCAACACGACUAAAUACGGCUACGAUUACGACGUUGAUGGACAGUUGCAGACGGUGUCCCUCAAUGAGAAGAUGAUGUGGAGGUACAAUUAUGAUCUGAAUGGGAACUUACAUUUGCUGAAUCCUGGAAACAGCGGUCGGUUGACGCCUCUUCGUUACGACCUCAGAGACAGAAUCACCCGUUUGGGAGACGUUCAGUACAAACUGGAUGAAGAUGGUUUCCUGAGACAGAGAGGAGCGGACAUAUUUGAAUACAACUCCAAAGGUCUUCUCGUUCGAGUUUACAGUAAAUCUGCCAGCUGGACCAUCCAGUAUCGUUACGACGGUCUGGGUAGGCGAGUGGCAGCAAGGAACAGUCUGGGCCAGCAUCUACAGUUCUUCUAUGCUGACCUGAACUACCCCACCAGAAUCACCCAUGUUUACAACCACUCAAGUUCUGAAAUCACAUCAUUUUACUACGACUUGCAGGGCCAUGUUUUUGCUAUGGAAAUCAGCAGUGGAGAGGAGUUUUACAUUGCCUGUGAUAACACUGGAACCCCGCUGGCUGUCUUUAGCAACAAUGGACUCUUACUGAAACAGGUGCAGUACACGGCGUACGGCGAGAUUUAUUUUGAUUCCAACCCCGACUUUGUGCUGGUAAUUGGUUUCCACGGUGGAUUGUAUGAUCCUCUGACACGACUGCUGCAUUUUGGAGACAGAGACUACGACAUCCCCGCCGGAAGAUGGACGACUCCUGACAUCAGCAUGUGGACGAGAGUUGGAAAAGACCCUCAGCCUUUCAAUCUCUACAUGUUCAGGGGCAACAACCCCAUCAGCAAAAUCCAUCAAGUCAAAGAAUAUGUGACAGACGUGAACAUCUGGUUGGUGACAUUUGGAUUCCAUCUGCACAACGCUAUCCCAGGAUUCCCAAUUCCCAAAUUUGACUUGACACAGCCGUCGCUGGAGAUGACGAAAAGUCAGCUGUGGGACGACCUGCCUUCUAUCUCAGGUGUGCAGCAGGAAGUGACUCGUCAGUGUCGGGCCUUCCUGUCCUUCGAGCGAAUGCCUGAAAUCCAGCUGAGCCGCAGGCACUCGGACCACGCUAAACCUUGGCUGUGGUUCGCCACCAUCAAGUCUCUCAUCGGGAAAGGGGUGAUGCUCGCCGUGAUCGAAGGCCGCGUGGUGACCAACGCUCUCAACAUCGCCAACGAGGACUGCAUCAAAGUGGCGGCGGUUUUGAACAACGCCUUCUACCUGGAGGACCUGCACUUCACCGUGGAAGGGCGAGACACGCACUACUUCAUCAAGACCAGUCUGCCCGAGAACGAUCUCAGCGCGCUGCGUCUGACCUCAGGGCGGAAAUCGCUGGAAAACGGCGUGAACGUCACCGUGUCGCAGUCGACGACGGUGAUGAACGGCCGGACGCGGCGCUUCGCCGACGUGGAGCUGCAGUACGGCACGCUGGCGCUCCACGUGCGCUACGGGACCACGCUGGACGAGGAGAAGGCGCGAGUCCUGGAGCACGCCAGGCAGAGGGCGCUGGCGAGCACCUGGACCCGCGAGCAACAGCGGGUGAGAGACGGCGAGGAGGGCGUGCGGCUGUGGACCGAGGGGGAGAAAAGGCAGCUGCUGAGUAGCGGCAAGGUCGCGGGUUACGACGGUUACUACGUCCUGUCCAUCGAACAGUACCCGCAGCUAGCCGACAGCGCCAACAACCUUCAGUUCUUACGGCAGAGCGAGAUCGGCAGGAGGUAACGGCAUCAGGAAAAGGUCGUAGGCGCCAAAUGGACGUUGAUGACUGAACUGUUUUCAGAGUCGCGGAAGAAAACAAAUGUAUUUUUGUCGAGGACGAACAACGGAGGAAACAAUCAGGAGAACAAAUACGACAAAUCCACAAAAACAUAAGUUGACCAAUGCCUUCUCUUUCUCUCUUUCUUACAAUCUUUCUACCUGCCUUUAAACAGCAUGCAUACUCCACCUUUCCCCGAGUCGUGUGCAGUAUGUCAUGCUGUCCAGCUGCCAUACAGCCGGACGUAAAACUAGCAUUUCAGCAGACCCGGAUGAGUCGCAGAGCAUUUCCGACAGUUCUGAACCGACCGGCGAACAAAAACGCGUCCGAGGAUCCCGGACGGAAGUUGUCAGUGUUGUUCGAUGGCUGUUUUCCGGACUGUAAACGUUUCACGGUCUUUUGUUUUCAUGGCUUAAGUCGUCCGAGGGAACUGUUGUGGGACUCUCAAGAGAGACAAGCACAAAAAAAAAAGAACAAUGGUUCGUACGGGGGCGGCUAGGGAAUUCUGUUUGAAUAUUUUUGUUUUGUUUUAUAUGAAAACAUUGUGUUGCGUUUGCUUUGGAAAAAAAAGGGGGGGAUAUAAAAAUGAAGAAAAAAAGUGUUUACAUGCUAUAACAGAUACCACUAUUACUACUCGUACUACCACCACCACCACCACCACCGGAAUGGACUAUGGAGCUUAACCUCUUCAACCGUUUUGCAAGGAAAGACAUCCAAUACAAAUACGAUUAUUCUGUGCAUGUGCAAGUUCUACAUGGACGAUGUUGAAAGUAAAGAGGAGACUUUGAUGGUUACUGUAGAUGUGAAAAUGUACAUAUUUUACGACUGGAUAAGAGUAAACCAAGCCGGUAGACGAAUGUACCGUUGGAAAGGCUAAGUGUUAGCUUUCAAACGGUGCUCAGUUUGUCACAUUUUUGUUUCAUGAAAUGAUCGCUUGUUUUCCACAUUCCCAUUUAAAUGAUCAAAGUUUGAAUUGUCUUCUGCGUUCCUCAGACAUGGUUUAUUUGAGCGGACGUUCUUGUUAUGGGAUACUGAUCAACCAACAUGGCAACAGAGACAACAGUACAGCCGUACGUCCUUUCAAACAAACUAAAGCAGUCAUUGUAUUUUUGUUUCUUUGUUGUUGAUGCAUUUUCUAUUCAAUCCUCAUCAACAUCUCCAUGUAAGAAGGUAGCAUAGCGCCAUGGCGUUCGUGGACUCUUGUGGUCCCACCACCAAUUCUGCCAAGUGGGACCCCGUCUCAUGAUGCAUAGAACGUGUGCUUUUAUCGGUCAAAGUUGGUAGUAUUGCUUGCAAUAGAAACAUGUUGUCUUGGCUUUUCUGGGGGGAGGGGGUGCCGGGGGGGUGCUGUGGGUAGAAACCAGUCGUUGCUUCUCUCGACAUUUUUUGUUUCUCUUUAAGAGAAGAGCACCGCCAUCAGUGACUUUGGUGAGUAACAAUAAUCAAUGAAGAAUCGACUGUGAGUCUUUGUGCUCUUAGAGAGUUUUACAUGUGUGUUUGUUUCCAAGAAGGGAAUGCAAUCGGAAUUGUUUUUGUUUUUUUAAAGAAACUUAUCAGAGAGUGUUACUGUAAAAUCAUAAGCCACUAUUUUUUUUUUCCCAGAAACAAGAUGAAUUGAUGGUGUGUUAUGGGUUUUAUCGUCUUUAUUUCAAAGGUUGACAAAUUCCACUUAUCUGUACAACAAUACUCGACUGCUGGUGUUUCUACAGUGAACAAUAAAUUCCUUUUAAAUGUCUCCUGGUUUUUUAAGUUCUAAAUCAAUUUAACGUUAUUACUUUUUCCACAUGCUUUGAACCUUGCGGCAGAAAGGCAACUGACAACGUUUCUCAUUCGGUCACUAGCGUAAUCGUACAGUAGGUGAGUGUAAGAACUGGGCUGUCUUGGAC